AUAUUCCUAACUCAAACAAAUCAAUGUUCAUCUACUUUGUCUGCUCUUCUUGAAAAAUCAUCCAUCAACUUUAUUUCUCUAUUAUUAAUCUUUACACACUUACAUACAUAUAUUUAGUUGGUUUUGUUGUGUAUAAUGGCUUCAAGGAAGUUGAUUUGUGUGUUGUUAUUGGUUUUAUGUGUGUCUAAUUUGGUGAGUUGUAAGGAAACUCAUGAGGAAGUUGAGAAGCAGAAUAAAGAAAAUUCAGAGUCAUGGACAGGAUGGGCUAAAGAUAAGACUUCUGAAGGGCUAGGUUUUAAAUCUACUGAAGAUGAUUCAGCUGUUAAACAUGGUUCUGAUUCAACUAUGGAUACUGCAACAAAGGCCAAAGACAAAAUCACUGACACGGCUUCAGGAACCGGACAAUAUGUAGCAGACAAGACAGGAGAUCUAAAGAACGCAGCCGAAGAAGCUAAGAACAAAGCAUACGAAACGGCGGAAGCAGCAAAACAGAAAACAGGGGAGAAAGCAGGGGAGGAAAAAGAAAAAGCCUAUUCAGAUGCUGAAAAGGCAAAACAAAAAGCCAAAGAAGCAUACCACAAAACCGGACAAGCAAAAGAUCAAGCUGCAGAGAAAAUGAAGGAAACGGAAGAGCAAGCAGCGAAGAAAACAGAAGAAGCGAAGGGAAACAUAGCGGAAAAAACAGAGGAAACGAAAGAGAAAAUGAAGGAAACUGGGGAGCACGCGAGUUGGGCUAAAGAGAAAGCAAAUGAAGGAUAUGAAAGCGCGAAGAAUAAAUCAGGGGAGACAUUAGAGAAAGCUAAAGAGACUAUAGCUUCAAAUUUGGAGAGUGUUAAGGAAACUGCUAAAGAGAAGACGGAGGAGAUUAAGGAUAAUAUAGCUGGGAAGAAACGAGAUGAGGAGCUUUAGAAAGUUUUGAGUUACGCAUGUUUGUUUGUAUUUUGCAAUAUCAUAGGUUUUAUAUGGUAACAAAAACCUGAUGUUUUGGUUUUUCUUAUUGAUGUCUGGCCAGGUGUUGUAAAAAUGUAUAACUCACUAAUAGAUGAGUCGUAAAAAUGUAUCACUCACUAAUAGAUGAGUCAAUGUUGUAUUAAUGUGUGUUACCUCUCUUAUGAACUUGAUUUGUGUUAUACUA